AGAAUCAAUGAAUAUAAACUUAGCUUGAAAAUCAUUGUCAGGUGGGUGAGUGGGAUUCAAUUUAUGGGAUAAAGAUCUGUAUCCAAGGCUUGAGGCCAUACGGUUAUGUUAUAAAGUGCAAUGAUAGAUGGUCCCAUAUGUUUGGCCCUUCAAUCUUUUUAAUAUGUUCCCUCAUCAAUAAUCUAUACGCCCACCAAUAUCUUUGUUCUUCAUAUUAAUUACAUUUUCUGUUUGAUGUUAGAGAUUUGCACUUCCCGCCCAUAUAUAGCAUUAUUUCUUGAUUUGUUUAGAAUUAUAGCAACAUAUCUCGACUUUACAAGUUACUUGCGUAAAGUGACUUCGCUCUGGGAUGUGUACACCAUCUUAGUAGAUGAACUAGUUUGUUUAUGUUCGAAGUUCCAUACUUUCUGCAUAUAGCAGUAUGUGAAGUGAAGUUGAGUUUUCAUUUUUACAAGAUACUUUUGCAAAGUAUGUGUGCACUUGGAUGUGGAUACCAUCAUAGUAUCAUGAACCAACUUUUGCAAAAGCAUUGAAAAGUCCUUUACACUUCACUUCAACUUGGGGCACACAUAGACUAACUCCUCUUGCACUUGAUUUUUAAGGAUUAAACUCAGCUAACCUUUUUACGUUUUAAACCAUCUCACCUUUUUUUGAGUAAACUCUCUUCUAAAAGAAAAAAAACUUCUAAACCCCAACAGAAAACAAUGACAUCAAAAACACUAUUUUUUUUUAGCAACAGCAUACUGCAUCGUUGAUUGGGAACAUGUUAUCUGAGGGAGAUAAGGUAUCAUCGUCAGUUUCUUCAUCUUCUAUUUCAUAUCAUACUUUGAGAAACAACCCAAUUUGCAAUUGUGGGUCACCUGCUUCACUUAGAUGGUCGAACACGCCAAGAAAUCCGGGCCGAUCCUUCUUUGGGUGUUCAAAGUACAAUAUGAAGGGAUUACCACAUUGCAACUUUUUCAUAUGGGCAGAUAGUGGUAAGGAAAUAGAGAAUGACCUUAUGAAAUUAGAAAUUGAGAUUUUAAUGAAGAAGGAAGAGCUCCAGAAAACACAUGAAGAGUUGCAGAAAACACAUGAAGAGGUUCGGAAAUUAUUGCAACUGUUUCGAAGAAGAGAGGAAGAGGUGAGAACAAGAGAGGAAGAGGUUAAAAAAAUGAUGGAAGAGGUUCGACGUUGGAUGGAAGAGGUUCGCCUAAGAGAUGGCGAAAUUGUCAAGAGGGAGGUGGAAGUCCGGCGUCAACGCACACAUAUUCGUAUAUAUUGGGCAGUUUCUAUUUUACUUUAUUUGUACUUGAUACGAUCGCAUUGAGUAGCCUAACUUAUCUGGAAACUGAAUAAACCAAAUCUGGACUUCCUUGUUCAGAUUUGGUUUAGAGUAGUUCGGGACGUUGUGACAUCUGUGCAUGAACUGUGUUUUGUAUAAAUCUGUGGAAGAGGUUCAGUAUUUUGGAACUUUUGGUACAACACUUUUGAAUAAGUGUUGUAAUUUGUAUGUGGAAAUUGAAGUUUAGGGUUCUGGACAGGUCAGGGAGGUGGUAGGCAAAAAUCUGGACAUUUUUUGUAUAAGUCUGAACAGUUUGUGCUUGAACUGUAUGUUGUAUAAGUGUAGAUAUAUGUUGACUAUUUUGAGUAGUUUUGGGACAACACUUUUGUAAUAGUGUUGCAAUUUGUAUAUUUUGU